AUGACUGAAGCCAAACAAGAUUUAAUGGAAUUAUCAACAAAUCCUUUAGAUGAAUGGAUAAAUACACAUUAUGAUGAAUUGUGUGCAGGUAUGAUGUGUAAAAAUGCUCUAUUCUGCAAACCAUCAGACAUGAAAGACAAGAAUUUUCAAAUGAGCAUUAAGGAUAAAUGUGAAAAGAAACAAAGAAAAACAGACGGUAAACAUACGUGGUAUUAUGUUUUGAAAGAAGAAAUGAAAGGAUUAUAUAAACAGGUUGAACCAAAUGAUAAUGAGGAUUCAUUUACUGACGAUGAAAUACCUGUAAAUGAAGCUUUAUAA